CAACCCACUUCACCUCACUCUCAGUCCCAGUACACUCCACAGUCCACACUAGCAAAGCGGUAGGAAGAGUAGCCAUGGCUCCGAAGCGCCGCGGCAGCAAGGUGGUGAGCUCCGUCGUCAAGACCAAGGUGGUGGAGGAGACCGUGGAGGUCGCCACCACCAUCCUCCCCGCCUCCCAGUCCCAGCCCGACUCCGCCGACCUGCAGCCGGAGGUCGUCGACGUCUCCCGCUCCCGCGACGUGCACGUCGAGGUCGUCACCACCCCGGAUGCCCAGCCCACCGCCGGCGCCAAGAAGCAGCCCGCCUCCAAGAGGGGCGCCGCCAACGCCAAGUCGCCGGCCGCGCCGCUGGUGGUGGUGCCGGUCUCGCCGGAAGAGGAGCAGCAGCGCAAGAAAGGCGGCAGCAAGACGCCGGCGUCGCUGCAGAGCCAGGAGACGCAGGAGGAGCCCUACGCGUACCAGGGCGACGAGACCACCAAGAAGAGGCCGCAGGAGGAGCAGGACGGCGCUGAGCCUAACAAGCCGGAGGGCCCCGAGACGCCGACGCAGAAGAGGUCCAGGGGCGAGGGCAAGGCCAAGACGCGCAAGGCGGAGGCCGCAGCAAGGAAGAAGCUGUCCGCGGCGGCGGGGAAGAAGGGCGGGCGGCGUCGGCGUCGGCUGGGAGGGAACACGGUGGACAUGGGGUACAAGGCGUACGUGUACCGGGUGCUGAAGCAGGUGCACCCGGACCUGGGCGCGUCGGGGAAGACGAUGCAGGCGCUGGACAUGAUGAUGGCGGACAUGUUCGAGCGGCUGGCCACGGAGGCGUCGCGGCUGACGCAGUACGCGGGGCGCGCCACGCUCACCUCCCGCGACGUGCAGAACGCGGUGCGCCUGGUGCUCCCCGGCGAGCUCGCCAAGCACGCCAUCUCCGAGGGCACCAAGGCCGUCACCAUGUACACGUCCUCCUGAAGUGUACAUGCACGUCAGAAGCAGGGCUUGCAGCAGGGUGCAUUGUUCUACUAGUAGUUAGUUUAAGUUUAGUCUUGUGUCUCCGUGGCAGGCAUGCAUGCAUGCGUGGUUUAGUCCGGACUUACUUUUGGUGGUGGUGCCGGUCUCCAUGGAGGUCCGAUUUGCAAUGCAGUAAAAGUAGUUUCAAGUUGGUGCCUGAUGAUGUACCUAGUGUAGUUGGUUGGACAAUUAGCGCCUAGAGCUAAUGGUGUCUUGUGCUUCGUGUGGUUUUUUUUUUUUGUUGUUGCGGAAAUUGUGCUUCGUGUGGUUGAUGCACUAGUAGUUUGUUGCAAGUUAAAUUUAGCUGCCGGUUUACAUUUCCAUCAAAUCAAAUGGUUGUAUAUAUAUGUGUUCUAGCA